GGAGGAGGAGAAGGAGAAGUGAGUAUUGGCAGUGAGGCGCUGCUUUGCUACAGCUGUAAACACAAAGGGAGCUUCUCUUCUGCAGCAAUGAGCGUUAAAGUCUAUUACACCACCGUUACCGCAUCCAGAGAGGUGAAGUCGCAGCAGGCUGAGGUGAUGCGGAUCCUGGAGAGUAAGAGCAUUCAGUUCGAGCUCAUCGACAUCUCCCAGGACAGCUCUCUGCGGGAGGAGAUGAGGGCCAAGGCAGGGAACCCCACUGCCGUGCCCCCCCUGGUGUUCAACGGGGACCAGUACUGUGGAGACUACGAGAUGUUUGCAGAGGCUGUAGAAGAGGACGCCGUGGAAAAGUUCCUGAAACUCGCUUGAGCCAAGCAGCGCCUGGGAGCUCCUCCCCUCUGCCUGGGAGCUCCUCCCCCCUCAGCUCAGCCCCAGCCUCACUAUUUUAAUGCUGUACCGAAUGCCAAAAACAAGCACAAGGUUAACCUUAAUACACACACUCUGAUAUGCAAAGUAAUGGCCGGGAACCCUUUCUAUUCCUCCUGUUACAAAACUUAAAUACUGCUAAUUGUCUUAAAGAAUAGGCAUCAAUGAAGUAGAGCACUAGAAACCUUUUUUUGGGUGGGGGUGGUGAAGGGGCAUCAGCAGGAAAUCAUUUGCUUAGUCCAGUAGCAGUGGAUCACUUCUAGGGUAAGCUUUACAGCUGAUGUUUUUUGCGGGUCAUAUAUUAGUGAAAUAUUUACUUAUUUACCUAAUAUUGUAAAGAAAAGUAUGUCACAAGUAUUGUGCUCCCAUCCCAUAAAGACAGUUAAAUUGAUGCAUUAUGACACACAUAGAA